GAAGGCUUAGAGAAAUAAACGUUCGGAACCUUAUUAUCAUCCUUUUGUUAUGGAGAGCGUUGAGAGAAGGAAGCCUUACAAUCCUAUCCAGAGAAAUACCACUCGACAUGAGUUCUGGAUACGCCCAGUCCAACUGGUCAGCUGUGCUGCGUGCAAGCGUCGGGGGCAUCGGAUCAAAUGACCUAUAAUGCUUCCCCUCCUCCCUCUCUUGUACUUCUGGGGUUUGAACGUGAAUCUAGUCCCGGUAUCUAGGUAUAAAAACCCUGCUCUCUAAUUCAACCUCAUCAGUUAGAUCACAACCAUCCAACAAUAUGAAGGCUUACCUUUGCUUUGCUCUCCUAGCAGCUGCUACUGCUGAUCAGUCCCAUCAUCAAAGCAUCAAGCAUGGAAAUGCUCCCUCUGUCAGCCAUUCUGUUCACAAGCCCCACUUUGCUGGUACAGCUUCUGUAGUAAGCCAGCCCCAUGCUGCUCCUCAGGCUGUUGACUCCUAUGUAAACCAAGAGAAACCUAUUGCAGCCAACCUUGCACCUGCUGCUGUUCCUGGUUACUCAUCUUCUCCUUCUUAUGCUCCUGCUCCUGCCUACGCUCCUGCUCCAGCUUAUGCUCCUGCUUUAGCCUACGCUCCUGCUCCUGCCUACGCUCCCGCUCCCGCCUAUGCUCCUGCUCCCACAUAUGCUCCUGCUCCUGUCUACAACACCCCUGUUGUUGUUGCCCCUGCCCCUGCAUACAAAGCUCCUGUUGUCCAUGCUAAACCCUCCUAUGGUGCCCCUGCAUACAAUGAACCUGCCUAUGAUGAACCUGCUGUAUAUGCUUAUGAGUAUGCUGUAGCUGAUGAUUACUCUGGAUCUAAGUAUAAUGCUGGAGAGAACCGUGAUGGAUAUGCUACAUCUGGAUCCUACUCUGUUGCUCUUCCUGAUGGUAGACUUCAGACUGUUAACUACAAGGUUGCUGAUCCUUACAGUGGAUAUGUUGCUGAUGUUACAUACUCUGGUACUCCAACCUAUGGUGCUGCUGCUCCUUCUUAUAAACCUGUUUCCCCAGCAUACCAUGCCUAAGUUAUUUAUUGUCUAAAUUAUUAGAAAAUUAAAUAAAUAUUUCAAACCAAAU